AAACAGUGAGGGAGGAGCCCCUAGAGAACUAUAUAUCCAUGAUUUUUCCCCAAACAGUCAUGUCUUUCACAUUCCCUUUCCUUCCGAACCUGUCUGUAUAUCACCAAAAUGAGAGCUGUUGUGUUGCUGUGUCUGCUGCAUGCGGCUGCUGGUAUGAGUGCGUACAACUGGGAAGGACCUGGGCGAGCCGCUCCGGAUCCCCUCACCAAGCCAGUCAGUGCCUGCAGUGUGGACAAGCUGUCUUGUGAGUGCUGCACGAUGGUGCGUGAGACGAACAGACUGCAGACAUACUUUGAUACAACUCUAACUAACCUGGAGAAGGAGUUAGAUAAAGCAAACCAAGGUUUUAACGCUCUUCAAGACAAACGUGUUGCCUUCUCUGUCUCUUUGUAUACCGGAGACAACUUUAAAUGUCUCGGGCCAUUUGGUGUCGACACUGUCGUCCCCUACCAGCACUCUUUCCUAAACCUCGGAAUGGCCUACAACAUGGCCUCUGGUAUCUUCAGUGUCACCUACUCCGGGGUCUACAGCCUGGCCGUGACUUCGUUUAGCGACGCCGGUUCUCCUGGUAACACGCUGGCCGUCUGCACCAGCCUGCAGGUCAACGGCCAAAUAGUGGCUGGAUCUAGAGAACUCAAUAGGAAAGACCAAGAGGACAGCACCACCAUAGCUGUUGCCCUGAAUCUGAAAGCUGGAGACAGCGUGUCCGUCAAGUUGACAAAGGGAUGCUUCCUCUGCGAUGACUCUAACCACUAUAACACUUUCAGUGCCUUUCUUCUUUAUGCUGAUGCAUAAAUUAUGGAGUUUAGUUUCCUUCUUUGUAAUGUCUUGUAAGCCCUUGCAUCAUUAUUGUCUAAUUUGUAUGAGGGAAACCUUAUUUUAAAAACCAUCCUAUAAGCAUCCAGCCUGGGUGGUGUGAAUGCUUUCCCACUUCAAAGCAUGACUAUCUUUGCUCUUAUAUUUUUUAUCAUCAGAUUAUGGCAUUUCUUGAUUGAUUUGAGACCCAAACCUCUAACACCUUCAAACCUGUAAAUGACUUUAAGACAAAGAAGUUUCCUUUAUUUGUGAUUUUCUUUUUCCUCUGAGUUGUUGUGUAUCGUCUACACACAAGGAAGUGUAAAAAAUAUAAUAAAAUACUAGAAUGUGAA